UACCUUGCGCUUAGCUACGUGUGGGGAAAGGACUCGGAGCAGACACCCUAUCGAACAACCACAUCCAACUUAUCCACCUACGAACACAGAAUCGACCCGCGUGUUCUCCCCUUGACCAUCCGCGACGCGAUCUAUGUCACGCACAAACUCGGCUUCCGGUGGCUCUGGGUCGACAGCCUGUGUAUCAUCCAGGACUCGGACUCGGACAAGACACACGAAAUCGGCCGCAUGCACCACGUCUACCGCUAUGCACAUGUGACGAUCAUGGCGGGCAGCGCGGAAGGAGUCGGCUCGGGCUUUCUCCAGAAGCGAUCUCCUCCAGACGACGUCGCUCUCCCCUUCAUCUGCCCUCCCUAUCCUCCUAACUCUACGGAGCACCAGCCCGGGGUGAAGGCGUACGAAGACGAGCUCGGGUGCAUGGCAACACGCGCCUGGUGCAUGCAAGAGUACCUGUUGUCCCCACGUGCCCUCAUCUUCACCCCCAGAACGAUCCUGUUUAGGUGUCUGACCGCCAAGGCUGGCACAGUGGGUGUUAGCAACCUACACUACUCCAUAUGGGGCGAGCCUCGCAUACCCAUCUCACUCUUCCUCCCACCAACGGCACCUGCACCAGAGCCUGAUUCGAAGGAGUGGCGGGAGAUGUGCCGAGCCUGGGCGUAUGUUAUCGAGGACUACACCCGCCGCACAGCGAGCGACCCGUUGGACAAGCUGGUCGCGUGUGCUGCCGUUGCGGAGCAAUUCCAUCGUGCCCUGGGGUCUGAGUACCUCGCAGGGUUCUGGCGCUCGGAUGCGCUCCUCGUCCACUUGCUAUGGGAGGCUAAGCAUGGCGACUGGGAUACUAGGGGGACGGGAAAAGUAUGCGGACACCGACAUGCUCGUCCAGCAGCCUACCGCGCGCCGUCAUGGUCGUGGGCAGCAAUCGAUGGACCAACCUCCCACUUUGGUGCCAACCAAUGCGCUCUGCUCCUUGGAGACCCACGAACUGUUGCGCUCGCAAAGGUCGCUGAGUGCUGGGUUGCACUCGAACACCCCGAGCUUCGCUUCGGUCGGGUGACGGACGGGGCCCUCGUCCUGCGU